AUGUACUCCGGCAAAAAUGCGGUAAACCCCGCAUAUCCCACGCAGUGGGCCUUGAACCCUACUGCGUAUCAAAAUAUAGAUUCUAGUCAAGUAGACUGGGCUGCAUUAGCUCAACAAUGGAUAGCGAUGAAAGAAGCAGCGGCAAUUGUUGCCGCACCACAACCUCCCGCAAAACCCGACAUAGAAGGUGGCGAAGCUCCCAUGGAAGUUGAAAACCCUGACACCAAUUGCGAGAGUAUCGUACCACCGGGAGCAGAAUGGAACGCCGCUACAAAUUCUUGGGGAAACACUUGGAAUCAAUGGGGCUGGGGAUGGCAAGGAAACGAUCCAAAAAUGGCAGGUGAUCCAUCUAUGACAAUGACACCUAUGAUGGAUGGGUAUCCAGUUGCGCCUGACAAUGCUUCAGCUAUGCCAGGAUACACAACAACAGGGGCAGUGGCUACACCAACAUUCCAGCAUGGCUAUUGGACAGCUCCACAAGUAGAACAAUCAAACAGUCGAAGUAGUAGUAGAAAUCAAGACAAUCGAUCUAAAAGUAAAAACAGAGAUUCUAAAUCUUCCAGAAAUAGAUCUCACAGAGAAAAAGUUCCAGUGAUACCUCCAGUAAUGGAUCAUAUUGACAUGCCUGCGAUGGGUGGAACUACAGCCACUAUAGAUGCUGCUAAAAGAAGACAGCUUCCUGCAUGGAUAAGAGAAGGUCUAGAAAAAAUGGAAAGAGAGAAGCAGAGGGCCAUGGAAAGGGAACAAGAAAAGAAAGCAAGAGAGGAAGCAGAGAAAGAGAAAAAGAGAUUAGAAGAAGAAGAAUUAGAAAGAAUGAAAGCAGAAGCCAGUGGUCAGCCAAUGUUACCAGCUAAGAGUAAAUUUGACUCGGAUUCAGAUAAUGAAGAUGUCGACAAGGAGGAGCCACCUUUACCUGAACCAGAGCAGAAUAUUCAAGAAGAAAAUGAACCUGAGGAAAUACCUGCUGUGAAAACAGAACCUGACGAAAAACCAACCUUGGUCCAGAAAAGUAAAGAGGAGAUUAUGCAGGAAGUUAUGUAUGCGGUGCGACGAUCGCUUACAGAAAUCCUGCUAGAGGUGACCGACCAGGAGAUUCAUACGGUGAGCCAGGAAGAAUUGGCCCGAUAUAACGCCGCACAAGCUUCGCGUCUCAACGCCAUGAAAGCAAGCAAGUCCAAGGCGCUCGCCGCUAUCGCCAGUGGACUCGGGCUGGGCGCGUACGAGAGCAGCAGCGACGGAAGCGGCGAUGAAGACGAUCAGAAAGACUUGUCGGAUCAUCAGUUGCAGGAAAUAAUAAAGCGGAAGAGAUUGGAGUUUGAGCGAACGGCGCGAGAAAUUGAAGCAGAGGUGAGAAGGGCGGAACUCAGGGAGAAUGCGGAAGAACCCACCACGCCUGUAGCCACACCCGAAAGGCCGAGGCGAUCACGAUCAUCAGCAACACCUCCUCCUAUAGAAACCGAAACACCUGAAAAGAAACCAGAACGUCGAAUGUCAAAAGACGUCAAAAAGAACAAUCAUAAAUCUAGCGAUAAACAGGACGGUGUUCGGAGAUUAGGGACAAUACCAGAGGAAAAGGUAAAGAAAACAAACAAGUGGGAGAAGACUCCGAGUCCACAAAUUAAAUCAACAAGUGAAAAAGACAGUUCCAGUUCAAGUUCUAGCGAUUCAGAUGACUCUUCGUCCAGUUCCAGCGAUUCAUCGUCAGAAAGUGACCAGGAUGCGAAAGUUGUGAGAUCAAAGAAACGUAAACGUAGAAGCUCCAGUGAGAAUGAUCCAGCGAACAAAUCAAAGAAAGAGAAUCAGAAGAAGAUACAGAAAACCGAUGAGCGGAACGCAAAAUCCAAACAUGGCAACUAUGAGAAGUACGAGAAGUCACGAACUAAGAAGAAUGACGAACAUUACGAUAAACAUAAAUCAUCAAGGAACGAAAGACACAAGGAUAAAUAUAGAGAUGAUUCAGACGAUGAUAGACCUAGGAAGCGUUCUAAGCGUUCCACAAGUUAUGAAUCGCGGUCAGGUCGAAAGAGAACGUCUAGGGAUAGAUCGGAAGAAAGGUCGCGCCGGCGGGACAAACGGUCAUAUGACAGGGACAGUUCGAAAAGGGAUAGGUCUUACGACAGAUCGGGGCGUGACUACGAGAGGUCGGGUCGGGAUUACGACAGAUCGGGCCGAGACUACGAGAGGUCAGGUCGAGACUACGAGAGGUCGGGUCGAGACCACGACAAGUACGAUAGGUACUUACAUGAACGCAAAGAUAACGUGAAAAAUAUAUUUCUGAUAUCUUACAGAACAUCGAGCUGUGAUAUAUUGUUAUUAUUUUCUGUUACAGAAACAGCAGUUCAAACUGUUGAAGACGAUGAAAAUGAUCCUAUUUGCGGCAAGGAAAACGAAGUCGAAAAAGAUCGCUCUCUUUUCGGAAAUUUGUCAAAUGUUCCUAGCGUUAAAACGUCUACACCCACACGUUGGCCUAGUGUUCUAGAGAUGCUUGAAAAUAUGGCACAUUGUUGUAACAGAAAUCCCAUUAACAACAUUUUGAGAAGAAUCGGCCAAGAUGACCUCAAAAUUGUGCAAAUGGAAUGGAAUUUGCUUGAAGAUUUGAUAAAGUUUUUUGGCAAGUUUCGAGAAGUGGUGGAGGGAAUAUCAUCUCAAAAAAGAUGCACUAUUAAUUUCGGACUUGUUUUGAAAACGGAGUUAAAGGAAGUGCUUAAUUCAAUCGCAGAUCACGAAACGUUGAUCAUGUUGGCUUUGAAAAACAAUAGGUUGGCCAACCUCGUUAAAAGGUUCCCGACAACAGAAACACUUGUCACUGCAGCUUUGCUAGACUGCCGUUUUAUAAGGCUUAAAGAAAUAGACACAUACCUCGAAGCCAAAGCGAAGACACCUGCGUCUUUCGUAGUGGAGCGCGCAACAAAUAAAAUCCAUUGCUCGAGACUAAAGUGA